AUGGCUCCUGACACCAGAACUCACGGCGACUAUACCGUAGGAUGGGUUUGUGCUCUGCCGAAGGAGCAGACUGCGGCGACUGCCAUGUUGGACGAGAGACAUGGAAACUUGCCCAAGCCUCCACAUGACAGCAACACCUACACCUUAGGUUCUAUCGGCCAACACAACGUCGUGAUAGCGCGCCUACCUAAAGGCAAGUAUGGCACAAACUCUGCGGCGAAUGUGGCGACCAUCAUGAUUGGUACCCUUCCAUGCAUCAAGAUUGGCUUGAUGGUUGGAAUCGGCGGUGGUAUCCCACCCAAAGUCCGGCUAGGUGAUGUCGUGGUCAGCACACCUGUGGGACAGUUCCCCGGCGUAGUCCAGUGGGACAUGGGCAAGGCGAAAGUGGGCGGCAAGUUCGAAAGAACCGGGGCGCUAAAUAAUCCGCCCAAUGCUUUGCUGUCGGCUUUGGGGGCGCUUGAAACGGAACAUGACUUGUCGGGCUCAAGAAUCCCUGAAUACUUUGACGAGCUGAAACAGAAAUACCCCAAAGCGGCCAAGAAGUAUUUAAGAUCCGAUGCAAUCCAGGAUAUAUUGUUCAGAGCAGAUUAUGAUCACGUCAGUGAAGCAGGUGUUGAAGUUGAUGCUGCUGUAGAUAACAAUGAUGGCCAUGUGGAAGAGAAGGCCGAGGACGAUGUUGAGGCCAGCGACGACGAUGAAGAGGAGACGUGUCAAAUGUGUGUCAAGACCAAGAUUGUCAUCAAGGAUGCAGCUUUUCGGGACAGACUGAACAACGACCUGGAUGGCAAUGUUCUCUGCGUUGAGAUAGAGGCGGCCGGGUUGAUGAACAACUUCCCUUGCUUGGUGAUUCGGGGCAUAUGUGACUACUGCGACUCACACAAGAAUAAGGCCUGGCAAGAACACGCAGCAGCCGUAGCGGCGGCGUUCGCUAAAGAACUUCUGGGGUUUGUACAGGCAAGUGAUGUCGAAGGAGAGCGUCCGGUCAACGACGUCCUCAACGACGCGUAUGCUUACCCGCCGGCAGCAAACGAACUCGCAAAGCAACAGACCCUUCUCAACUGGCUCAGUCCGCUCGUCUUUGCAUCUCGGCAGCAUGACUAUAUCUCCAGGUGUGAGCCAGGGACUGGCCAUUGGCUAUUCGAGUCGACAGAAUAUCACGAAUGGCUAGCAAGAAGCAUGCGGACACUAUUCUGCCCAGGAAUCCCUGGGGCUGGGAAGGCGAUGCAAACCUCGAUUUUGGUUCAUGACCUUGCCAGCAAGUUCAAUGACCACAAUGGAGUUGGCAUCGCGUACAUCUAUUGCAAUUUCCAGCGGCAACAAGACCAAAAGGUGGAUUAUCUACUAGCGAAUAUCGUCAAGCAGCUGGCUCAGAGCCAGAAUCCGUUCCCGAGCAGUGUGCAAGCGUUGUACGAGCGACACCGAGAAAGAAGCACGCGCCCCUUACUCGACGAACUGUCAGCGACUCUUCAUUCGGUCAGCAGUUCCUAUUCCAAAGUCUUCGUUGUCAUCGACGCACUCGACGAAUGCGAUGACACCGAUGGCAGUCGCACGAAACUGUUGGAUCAUCUGUUCAGCGCACAAAGCCAGCUCGGACUGAACCUUUUCGCAACUUCGAGGUCCAUCUCAGCCAUCAACAAGAGGUUUGAAGGAAGUCUAUGGAAAGAAAUCCGCCCUAGCCAUGAAGAUAUUUUUACUUUCCUGGAUAGGCGCAUGCGUCAGCUGCCAGAUUUUGUGAUAGGAGACAUGGAUCUUUGGAACGAGAUCAAGACGGAGAUAGCGUUGGCAAUCGAAGGGAUAGUUCUCCUCGCACAGCUCUAUAUUGACUCCCUCGUCGGCAAGAGGUCACCAGCAGCCCUGCGAGCAGCACUGAAAGUCUGCGAAAGGCCUCUGCAGUGUCGCCCGAUGGGUCGAGUGCGCUAG